AUGAUCUUGCGCACUCUCCUGGUGUUCCAUCUCGUCUUGACGACGCUCGAGCUCAUGCGGGCUCAAUGCGCCGAGUCGCCAUGCUCGCUGCUGCAUUCACGCUCCCCUUUCGUUCCUCUGUCCUUGACCGGUCUCUGCGUCAAUCUUGCGCUUCAACCUCUAGGGGAUGUUGUGGCUGGGCUGGUCCAAUUGAUACUGGGACUACUCCGGGCUGCGGCUGGCUUUAUCUUUGCGACGGUCCCUGUGCUCUGGAAGGUAUACAGGGCAUCGGGCGAGGAGUUCAUGAUAUUUAUAGGAGGAAUAACGGGAACGUCCACUGGCAUCCCCGGUUCGUGGAGUUUGGAUAGGUUGCGCUACAGCACGGCUCACCGGUGUCCACGGACGCAACUCGGGCCAGACGUCAGCCUGGAAACUCUAGCCUCUGCGAACUCGGUGGACAGCGCUGUGGUCUCGGACUGCGACGACAGUGGCUUCGAGUCCGCAACGUUUGAGCGUCGGUCGGCUGCUAACUCAUCUUGUCCUGUCUGCACCCCAACAUAUGCUUCGGUGGACUCGUUGACUCACCUGGACUCUCUGACUCUGCACUCGGCCGACAUCGCUCUGCUUGGGAAGCAUCUGGCACGCACCCGCGGUAUGUUCGCCUGGCGCGUCUACUCGCUCAUCCCCCUCUCGCGCGACCCAGGUUCUGACGAGCCCAGCGGGGGGCUCUAUCAACGGAUCGAUGCGUUCCUCAAACCUGUGGGGGGAGCCGUGCACUACGUCGAGCUUCUCGUCGAGUGGGUCUCAUCUGCAAGUUCGGACCACAGCUUCCUUGUCUUUUCGCCCCACUCCUGCCCGUCAGGAACAUCUACGACGGACGAACCCCGUCUCAUAGGGACACGCGUGCACGCGUUUCGAGCACGCAAAUGCGACCCCAGCACGUCCACCAGCGCCGAGUUCCUCCUCAACAAGCUCGGGCUCGGGUCGCGGUGGUCUUGCGACUACAACUGGGACACGCAGCUCGGGGCGACGUUUGACGGGCCCGGGUCCUCGCGAUCCGCUCUGAAGCAGGCCGUGGUGGAGCGCUGGGACGACGACGUACGGGCGCACUGGGUCCGGGCGGGGAAGACGGAGGAAGAGGCGGAUGCUUGGGCGAAGGAGAUCCUGGAGUUCGAGUGGGCGUGUGAAUGGGACGAAGACGAUUCGGACUUCGACUCAGAAGACGAGGAGGAGUCUGAGGGAUCUGACGUUUCGGACGAUUGCUCGGAGGGCUGCUCUGGGUGCGACGAAGAGGACGAGGGUGAGGAAGAUGAAGAGGGUAUUGCUUUCAUUCAGCCGGAGGUCGUGUUGCCAGGGGGGCCCUUAUCGACGGAGUCGGUCCCCUUGCCAGAACUAGACCAGUCAACAGAGCUGGACCCAGGAGUUUCGUCGGAAACACCACCCCUGGAGCAUUCGUGCGAACCCUCUCUCCCUGCGCGAGAACAUCCCGUCGCUCCAACAGCUGUGCACCUCCCGUCGCCGAGGACCUUCAGAGUCGUCGUCGAAGCGGUCUCCGAUGAUGAGCAGGACGACGAGACCGUGGUAUAUCCCCGUGCCCCUCCGAGUCUCCCGGCCGAUGGUGACGAAGAGGAGCUCAUCCUUUACGAGGUCCCCCGCACAGCCCUCGCCGUCUAUCCGCCCAACGUCGGCACCAGCGCGCCCUCCGAUCCUCUCGCCCACCUCCGCACCAUCUACGCGCCAGUCCCGACACGCGCCGCAACAUUGGCCCCACCUCCAGCUGUCCCUCUACCCGGCAGCUCGGACUCCACGGCCGUAUGCACGACCACCACCAAUGCCGUCGCCACCACCCCGCCCAAGCCCCCGCUACAAGUAUUCUACGACUGCGCGCCUACCUACCUCCCCAGCUGGACGCCCGGCCUCUCCUUCCUCGAGCCGCGCCCCUUCCUGCCGCGCGUACUGACCAUGCGUACGACACGGCUCGCGGGGAUCGGGCACGCGCGCAUCCCCGUCAGCUACACCGUCGCGCUCGAGCGCAAGGAGGGCACAGAGAACGGCGUGCGCGCGGUCAUCACCGUGCACUCGCGCAACCCCCCUCCCGCCGUGGCCCCCGCCCCUACUCCCGCCAUCACGUCCAGUACAUCAUACCCGAAGAACAGGAGCCGGCCGAGCAGGCGUCGGGCCCGGCGGGGGCGAAGAAGAAGAAGGCGCGGCGCGGGGGCAAGAAGCUGA